AUGGGCUUCUCGUACUUUUUGCAUUUCGUAGCGGUCGCCGCUCUUCUGAGUUCCGGAAUCGUCAACUCAAUUCCCCUUCCCAUUUCCCAGCGAGACACCGCCGAACGCUACAUCUUCGCGAAUUGCAUGAACAGCAUAACCUCCGAUACCUAUGCAGCCAUCUUCUGGUACUACCCAGACUUCUUACCGGACUUCCCCGAGCCACAGGCCACGGCCUACGUCAACAACCAGACGUCGGUCGACUUUGCAGGGAAAACCACCGUCGUCACCGACCCGUUCACGUUGAAGGCCACGAUACCGAAAGGCGCGGCAACUGCCGCUGAAGGCAAAUUGGUAUCCACUGACGCCACUGCGGGCUCCUUCGCUGGGCCCAUGGCGGUCAUUAAAGGCUCCGGAGCGGCUUUCUACACCCCUGAAACGAAUGUCAAUUGCUAUGAGGAAUAUUGGCAGCGGGAUAACCAGUCAAUAGAUCCUUGA